UCAUCAUCCAAAAAGAGAACUUCUAUAGUUUCCAGGAAAAUAUCAAUUUCAUUCAAGUUCUACAGAGAAAAAACUGAGAUGGGUUCCAGAAUUCUUUCAUCACCAGCCUUCUUCAAGUCUAUCAUCCUUGUUCUAUUUUGUUCACUGUAUUGGACAAACCCAGAGGUUGAAGCAGCAAAGCAUUCAGGAAUUACCAGGCACUACAAGUUCAAUAUUAAGUUACAAAAUGUGACGAGAUUGUGCCAAACAAAGAGCAUUGUGACUGUUAAUGGAAAAUUUCCAGGGCCAAGAAUCAUAGCAAGAGAAGGUGACCGGCUCUUAAUUAAAGUGGUCAACCAAGUACAAAACAAUAUCACCCUCCAUUGGCAUGGAAUUAGGCAACUUAGAAGUGGGUGGGCAGAUGGACCUGCUUAUAUCACACAGUGCCCAAUUCAGACAGGACAGAGCUAUGUCUACAACUAUACAAUUACUGGCCAAAGAGGCACAUUGUUUUGGCAUGCCCACAUUUCAUGGCUCAGAGCAACUCUCUAUGGACCUAUUGUCAUCCUCCCAAAGAAACGUGUUCCUUAUCCAUUUCCUCAACCAUUCAAAGAAGUUCUAAUCAUUUUUGGUGAAUGGUGGAAAGCAGAUACAGAGACUGUCAUCAACCAGGCCAUGCAAACAGGGUCAGCACCAAAUGUUUCCGAUGCCUAUACCAUUAAUGGUCUUCCUGGACCUUUGUAUAAUUGCUCAGCCAAAGAUACAUUCAAGCUCAAGGUAAAGGCAGGUAAAACUUAUCUCCUCCGUUUGAUCAAUGCCGCACUGAACGACGAGCUCUUCUUCAGUAUAGCCAAUCACACUCUCACUGUCGUUGAAGCCGACGCGGUCUACGUUAAGCCUUUCAAAACACAAACAGUUCUAAUCACUCCAGGACAGACCACCAAUGUCCUUCUCAAAACCAAAUCUAAAACCCCAAAUGCCACAUUCCUCAUUGCAGCUAGGCCUUAUGUCUCUGGCCCCGCCGCUUUCGACAACUCCACCACCACCGGACUUCUCGAAUACGAGAAAACUUCAGUCACAAGCAACAACAACAAGAAGCUCCCUCUUCUGAAACCAGUGCUACCCAAGCUCAACGACACAUCGUUCUCCUUUAAAUAUAACCAGAAAAUCCGUAGCUUGGCCAAUUCAAAAUUCCCGGCAAAUGUUCCACAAACCGUUGAUAAGAACUUCUUUUUCACAGUUGGGUUGGGAACCACUUCGUGCUUGACGAACCAAAACUGUCCAGGCCCAAACAACACCAGACUUGUGGCGUCCAUUAAUAAUGUGAGCUUUGUCCAGCCCAAUAUAGCUCUUCUUCAGGCCCAUUUCUUGAAACGGUCCAAGGGAGUUUUCACAACGGAUUUUCCCACCAACCCACCGUUCAAAUUUAACUACACAGGCACUCCACCCAACAACACUUUGGUGAGCAAUGGGACUAAAGUGGCGGCUUUGCCAUUCAAUGCUACAGUUGAGUUGGUUUUGCAGGACACUAGCAUUAUUGGGGCAGAGAGCCACCCACUUCACCUCCACGGCUUCAAUUUUUUUGUGGUUGGUAUGGGUUUUGGUAACUUUGAUCCAAAACAGGAUCCAACUAAAUACAAUCUUUUCGAUCCCGCUGAAAGGAACACCAUUGGGGUGCCAUCCGGAGGAUGGGUUGCCUUACGGUUCCGUGCUGACAAUCCAGGUGUUUGGUUCAUGCACUGCCACUUGGAAGUACACACCAGUUGGGGCCUGAAGAUGGCGUGGGUUGUAUUAGAUGGAAAGAAGGCCAAUCAAAAGCUACUUCCUCCACCGUCUGAUCUUCCCAAAUGUUAAAUCCCACAAUUAACCUUCGUGGGUUGCUCUAAUUGUUUUACUAAAAACCAAUUUUCCUUUCACAUAUCUUUGUUACUUUUUUGAUUCUUUCCGGAGUAUCUUUGUGACUGUGAUUGCCGAAAAGAGGGCCACAGAGAAGGAUUUAUAGGUCAUUAGCCCCCAACAAUUGUUGUAGUAUUAUUUACCCACUUUAUCAAAGCAAAAAUAAGUGGGGAUUCAAUUUUGUAUUC